UCCUUAGAAAGAAAACAGCUUGAAUCUGUUCCCCUGUUCUUCUAGUUAGUGACCUGUGAGCGAAUUGAAAGAAAUCUAAUGCUCACUAUGUGUAGGGUUGUUUGAAGUAAAAUGAAAAUGAAAUUGGCAGCUUGCUGAGUUUUUGUUGGUGUUUACUACCUUUCGGGUGCUGAGGGCUUGGUCAGCCUUCUCUGGCAUGCCAUUCUGGAUCCCUAUGAUAAACACCUGUGUCCUCAUUUUCUAAACAACUAGGGAUUGCCAGUGUCUCAGAGCUCCUGGGAUCGCUGAAAUCAUUCAGGCUUCAGGAUCUCUUGCUGUGCCCCAGGUAGCCUUGUUCAGCAUCUGUAACUCUUGAAGAAGAAACAUCAAAACUAGAAGCUCAGAGGGGACAUGGCUGUGAAUACGAAUUUCCAGCAGAAGAUCCAGCCAUUGGGUGCAGAGGAGCAACAUGGGGCCUGUGAGAGGUGGAUGUCCUUUGAGGAUGUGACUGUGGACUUCAGCCAGGAGGAGUGGCAGCACCUGGACUCCGCCCAGCGACGCCUGUACCAGGACGUGAUGCUGGAGAUCUACAGUCACCUCUUGGCAGUGGGAUACCCCAUUCCCAGCCCCGGAGUCAUCUUUAGGAUGGAAAAAGGAAAGGAGGCACAGGCAGGGAAGACUGAAUUCCCAGGCCAGCAGUGUCCAGAAAAAUCAGGAAUUGAAACCUCACCACAGAAAGUAUCUGAGAAAGCUUCAGUUCAUAGUGAUAUGGCCAGCGAAGUCACAAGAAAUGGUUUGUGGUGUUCACUUUUGCAAGAACUACGGCAGGAUCCUGAUACUGCUACGAGAGAUAAACAAAGCCAGAUUCUACCCUUGCCUCCUGGCACCUUCCUCAAGAAAACUCUGAGCACAGAUAGUGGACCUGAAUAUCAAAAGCCCAGGGAAACCAUUCCUUUGGGACCCUACCUCAUUUCUACACAAGAGAAUCUUCCACAGUAUUGCUUACUUCCAAAAAGUUUGGGGCUAAACCUCGGAGCAAAUGGUCAGAAUGAAAGCAGUGUCACCGAGCAGCUUAUUAACAUUGUCGCAUCCAGUCAGCUCAUGAUACGAGGCUCUUGUAAUGCUAACUGUGUGGCUGCUCAUGGAGGAGAAUCGUGCAGAAGUACUGGGAAUGGAGAAGUUCUCAGUUAUCAACAACCACUGGUACAUGAAAACCAUUCUCAGGAGAAAGCAGAUCAAGGCCCUCGGUGCGGGGAAGUACUGUAUGCUAUAUCUUUGCCCAAACCUGAGGUCACUCUCACUUUGGACAGACCUCUUGUUUCGUUCAGUGGUGGGAAGGCCUUUCUUUAUGUGUCAGAUUCAUCGAGUUACCCAUUCCAGCUGAAGGCGGAUCAUCCAGUUCCCAUUGGAGGGGAGCCUUACAAAUGCAGCCGCUGUGAGAAAACCUUUGGUACUAAGGCUGCGCUCCAAGAGCAUGAGCCAGUUCACACAGAGGAGAAACCGUCUGUGUGCACACUGUGUGGAAAAGCCUUCAGAGACAGGUCAGCUCUCUAUGAACACGAAUUGAUCCACAAGAAUCACACGCCUUUUAUCUGUGACAAAUGUGGGAAGGCCUUCUUACGUAAGUCAGAGUUGAUGUCCCAUAAACAAAGUCACGAUGGAGAGAAGCCUUACAAAUGCAAUGACUGUGGAAAGUCCUUUAAAUUUCCAUCCCAGCUGAAGGUGCAUCGUCAAAGUCACACGGGCGAGAAGCCUUACGAAUGCCGCGAAUGUGGAAAGUCAUUCAGCAAAACAGCCAAGCUCAAGGUGCAUCAGCGAAUUCACACAGGAGAGAAGCCUUAUGUGUGUUCUCAGUGUGGAAAGGCCUUCAACCAGAAGUCAAUACUAGACAGACACGAGAAGCUUCACCCUGGGGAGAAGCCUUACAGCUGCAGGGAGUGCGGCAAGUCCUUUAAUUACCCGUCCCAGCUGAAGGUGCACUGCCACAGCCACACCGGGGAGAAGCCUUACAAAUGCCACGAGUGUGGGAAGUCCUUUAACUUCCCGUGUGAACUGAAAGUGCAUUAUCAGAAUCACACAGGAGAGAAGCCUUACAAAUGCCGCGAGUGUUGGAAACUGUUCAGUAAAAUGUCCCAGCUGAAGGCACAUUCUCGUGUUCACACAGGAGAAAGACCUUACAAAUGCAGCCACUGUGGGAAAGCCUUCUCUACCAAGGAGCAAGUCCAGGAGCACGAGCGCAUUCACACGGGGGAGAGACCCUUCGUGUGCACCGAAUGUGGGAAGGCCUUCAGUAGCAGGUCAUCUUUUCGUAAACAUCAGUUAAUUCACACUAAAGAGAGGCCUUUCGUCUCUCAGAAAUGUGAGCCAGGCCUCCAGGAGUCGACUCUGACAUCCCACCAGCAGCUUCACAUUGGCGAGAAGCCUUACAAGUGCCCCGACUGUGGGAAGCUGUUUAAUUAUCCGUCCCAACUGAAAUCCCAUUAUCAGAUCCACACGGGAGAGAAGCCCUGUAAAUGUCUUGACUGUGGGAAAUCAUUUAGUAAAACAUCUCAACUGAAGGCGCAUUCUCGAAUUCACACAGGGGAGAGGCCUUACGUGUGCUCUGUGUGUGGAAAGGCCUUCAAACAAUUGUCAACACUGAGCAGACAUGAAAAAAUUCACCUGCUUGAGAAGCCUUACAAAUGCAAUUUUUGUGGGAAAUCAUUUUGUUCUCCAUCUGAACUGAAGGUGCAUCUUUUAAUUCACACGGGAGAGAGACCUUACAAAUGCAGCCACUGUUGGAAAGCCUUUUGUACUAAGGUCCAACUCCAAGAGCACGAGCGCAUUCACACAGGAGAGAGACCUUACGUGUGCACUCACUGUGGGAAAACCUUCCGGAGCAGGUCGGUUUUCUCUAAGCAUAAGCUGAUUCACAGGAAGGAAGCGCCUUUCGUCUGUGAGAGGUGUGGGAAAGUGUUCUUACACAAGGCAGAGCUGACGUCCCAUGUACAGACGCACACUGAGGACAAGCCUUAGGGAUGUCAGACUGAGCAUGCCAUCAGAUUACAUGGUGAAGCCUCUGUGGGAAAGUCUUGCUUCCUAAUGCCCUGCGCCGACGGCAUGAACAAAUGACGUCACCCGGGGGAGACCCUUUGUGCUCUGAGUGGGGAGCAGCUUUCAGUAGCAGGCUCACUUUCUAGACAUCGCACAUCUCAUGCUGGGGUGUACAGGGAUACUUUUUAUGAUCUAACAAAUAAAGCUUUCCUGAAGAUCAGAGUGCAAAGUUAGCCACACUAGUUAGCCAUACACGCCAGGCAGUGGC